CAGCGGAUCUUAUAUAUCGUUCGGAGUUUAUUCAGGACAGCCACAGUGAAACACGCGGAAGAUAAAAACAGAGCACACAGGAUAGAGUUAGCUUUUCUUUUGUUAGACGGUUGUUUGAAAACGGGUUUGAGGUUUAGCUAAAUAUUUGAGUGUCUGCAGUAAAAAUGUCUUCAGUUCAGCCCCAGAGAGAGUUUAUCAACGAGCAGGAAACUCCUGCUGAAAUAUCAUUCACAGAGUUGAAAGGAAUAAAGGUUAAGAUCGAGGAAGAGAUGGAGGAUCAGCUCAAACUGCUGGAUUUUACCAGGAUACCGAAGAUCAUCUUACACCGGAUAGAUCUUUGUAAAGAGGAGGAGGUUGUCAAUGAGCCCAGCAACCAGGAGGAAAACUCCACUUUAGACCAAGAGGAACCAGAACCUCUGCAGAUAAAACAAGAGCAAGAGGAACCAGAACCUCUGCAGAUGAAACAGGAACAAGAGGAACCAGAACAUCAACAGUUCAAAGAGGAAGAGAAGCAACUCUGCAUCAGUCAGAAUGAAGAGCAUCUUGUGCUGAAACAGGAGACUGAUGAUAUGUUGGUGAAUAAGCGGCAGAAAAGCAAAACUAACAAUUCAAAACAAAAAAGGCACAAGAAAACUCACCCAGACCAAAAAUUAUAUUCCUGUAAAAUUUGCGAUAAAACUUUUUCUCGAAACAGUUCCGUGACUAGACACAUGAGAAUUCACACGAUUGAGAAACCUUUCACAUGUCCCACCUGUGGAAAACGUUACCAUUACAAGAGAAGUUUAAUUUGUCACUUGAGAACUCACGGAGGUGAACAACGGUUCACAUGUUCAAUCUGUGGAAAACAUUACCAUUCAAAGGACACGUUAAAGAGUCACAUGAGGAUUCAUGUGGGUGAGGAGCUUUACUCAUGUAUGAGUUGUGGAAAAACGUUUUUCUCUAAAAAGGGUUUAACUGAUCACAUGAAGACUCACACAGAUCUGUGUAAAGAGGAGGAAGUUCUCAAAGAGUCCAGCAACCAGAUGGAAAAUGCCACUUUAUAUCAAGAGGAACCAGAACCUCUGCAGAUGAAACAAGAACAAGAGGAACCAGAACCUCUGCAGAUAAAACGGGAGCAAGAGGAACCAGAACCUCUGCAGAUAAAACAGGAACAAGAGGAACCAGAACAUCAACAGUUCAAAGAGGAAGAGAAGCCACUCUGCAUCAGUCAGGAUGAAGAGCAGCUUGUGCUGAAACCGGAGACUGAUGACAUUUUGGUGAAUCCUUCUAAUGUGCAAAGAAUCCACAAUGAAACAGAACCACAGAGGAGCCAACUCAUCUCUCAUGAUUCUGCUAAAGAUGAGAACCAGGAUCAGGAAAGAAGCAAUUCUGAAGAUCCAAGAAAAAAGAGAAAGGAAGAACAAAAUCAAAAUGAGAAAUAUACAACUGACAGUUCUAAACUAAAAAGGCACAAGAAAGCUCGCCCAGACCAAAAAUUAUAUUCUUGCAAAAUUUGCAAUAAAACCUUUUCUAGAAACAGUUCUGUGACUAGACACACGAGAAUUCACACAAAUGAGAAACCUUUCACAUGUCCCACUUGUGGAAAACGUUUCCAUUACAAGAAAGGUCUAAUUUGUCACUUGAGAAAUCACACAGGUGAAAAACACUUCACAUGUUCAAUGUGUGAAAAACAAUAUUGUUCAAAGGACACUUUAAUGAGACACAUGAAAAUUCAUGUUGGUGACCAGCCUUACCUGUGUACGAUGUGUAAAAAAAGAUUUACUUGUAAAAAUGGUUUUACUGAUCACAUGCAGACUCACAUGGGUGAGAAGCCACAUUCAUGUGUGACCUGUGGAAAACAUUUUAGUUACAAAAGUUAUUUAAAUCAUCACAUGAGGGUUCACACAGGUGAGAAGCCUUUUUCAUGUACACAUUGUAGAAAAACAUUCAGUCAAAAAGGAUCUUUAACUUGGCACAUGAGAAUUCACACAGGUGAAAAGCCUUUUUCAUGCACAGACUGUGAACAGAGAUUCUCCAGGAAAGGCAAUUUAGCUAUUCACAUGAGGUCUCACACACGUGAGAAGCCUUAUACGUGUGUGACCUGUGGAAAACAUUUUGGUUACAAAUGUUAUUUAAAUCUUCACAUGAGGAUUCACACGGGUGAGAAGCCUUUUUUAUGUGGGACCUGUGGAAAAGGUUUCUCUCAAAAAUCUAAUCUUUCUGCACAUGUUCGAGCUCACACAGGUGAGAAACCUUUUUCUUGUGUGAUUUGUGGAAGACAUUUCCGGUUUAGAUCUAAUUUACUUUUUCAUAUGAAGACUCACACAGGUAAGAGUCCUUUCUCUUGUGUGACGUGUGGGAAAAGUUUCACUCGGUUAAGCAAUUUCUCUGUUCAUAUGAGAGAGCACAGAGCACAUGAUGGCAUGAUUUGAACCUCAUAUUCUCAGUAAUUUUCUGUUUGAAAGCGCAGUAAUUAUAGCUGGGUGACAUUUUGUAAAUGUACCAGCUUUGUAAAAAAAAAAAAAAGCCUUUCAAAUGGGUUUAGCUGAAAUACUUUCAAGAAAUUAUCUUGUUCUGGUAGUUUUACCUUUUCAUUUAAAUGUUUCGUUUUGCGUAAGAUUGUCUCCAUAUUAAUUGUUUCUUAAUUGAAAAGUGAAUUUGAAUGCUUUUAGAGUCAUUGUACGUUUGUUGCACGUGUACUUUUUUUGUACUUCACUGAUUUUGGUUAGUGGAUACAUGUUAGCUGUUAGGGAAAGCAACGUAUGCGCUGGUAGUUUACAAACAUAUUGCCCAAUGGAAAAAUACUUGUCUAAAUUUGAAUCUGAAUAUCACAGUUUUUUGUAUGUUGUCUCUGUAGCUCAAAGAAUAGACUUUAAAAUACUGUUAAGUUUAUAAAUCGCUGAACAGCUGAGCAACAAACUACAUUAAAGAUCUGCUGUUGCUGUAUCAACCUUCCAGACCCCUCAGGUCUUCUGGUUCUGGU